AUGUCCUGGCUAUGGGGCCCAUCCGUCAACCCCCAGUUCGAGGAACUGUCUGAGAAGGCAUGUUCCCCCAACCACCUGCCUUAUCCCCAGUCCGAGGACAUGGCGACAGCCCUGGAGGUGGCUGAUAUGGUGCGGGCCAAGACUGUACCUCCCAAACUGGCCAUGCAAAGCUUGAAGCGGAGAAUAGCAAGCAAAAACGGACGGGUGCAGAUGUAUGCUAUCUCGCUCACCGAUACAUGUAUCAAGAACGGGGGAGAUCAUUUCUUGAUAGAGAUUGCCAGCAAAGAGUUUGUCGACGAGAUAGCCGGCCUGAUCCGCUCAGACUCUACAAGUCGUGGAGUCGUGCAAAUGCUCCUCGUGUACUUUCAACAGUGGGCUGUAGCAUUCAGGUCCAAGGCCGAGCUCUCAUUCUUGAGCGACGUUUAUAACGAGCUCAAGGCGUCCGGCGUUCCUUUCCCUCCACCUCCCCAGUCAGUUCCCAACCACCUCCUCACAACCAUCACCGCCCCUACCUGGAACGAUUCCGAAGUCUGCACCCGCUGCAAAUCCGCCUUUACAUUCACCAACCGCAAACACCACUGUCGUAAUUGUGGUCUCAUCUUUGACCAGGCAUGCUCCAGCCACAACAUGCCUUUACCAAAGUAUGGCAUCACAGAGCAAGUGCGGGUGUGCGAUGGGUGUUGGAUCAAAUCAGGAAAGGGAAAGGAGCAGGUGGUGGUACUACCACCGCCUGCGCCGGCUGUGCCCGAGCGCACGAGGAGGUCGAGGAGUGAUUUCGAUGCGGACCUCCAGCGAGCCAUCGAACUGUCCCUGGCCGAGACCCAGUCGCAUGGGCAUGGGAUACCCUCGGAGCCUCCGCUAGUACAUAAUGCGGCAGAGGACGAUGAUGAGCAGAUGCGGCUUGCUAUUGAAGCUUCUCUUCGAGAUGCCGAGGCCCGCCCUUCGGCUCCAACAGGCUACGGCGAAGAGACUGAAUUGCCGCCUCUACCCACAUUCGACUUGAAUGCCAGGGAAAGCGAGACAGUGUUGACAUUCUCAAAUACGAUGGACCAAAUGUCGGCGUACGGAGAAAGGGACUUGAGGAGGUUUCCCCAUGCGCAUGUGUUGGCGGAGCAGGCUGGGGCUGUUGGGGAAAAGCUGAGAAGGAAUGUGGAAGAGAAGAGUACAAAGCAGCAGAUGCUCAUGGAGAUGCAAGACAAGCUCUCUCAGGCUAUAAACAUCUAUGGCGGCAUACUGGAUGGCCAACAGGCAUUCGCUGUCAGAAGAGCUCAGGAUGAGCAGGCGAGGAGGUACCAGCAGCAACAGGGGAUGUACUACGGCCAGCAGCAGCAGUAUCAACCAUAUGGCUACCAACCGCCUGUGAAUGGCUACCAGCAAUUUGCUGCCCCUCAACCAGCGUACCAACCCCCCCUGGCGCAGCCUCAAUCUUCACUCUACCCUUCCAUGCCCUAUGCUUCUCCUUCCUUCAACCAACCACAGAUGUACCCCGCACACCGGAACCACGCAUGGUCACCCCAUCCUGUACCCACGGUCGCAUCGCCGAUACAGCAGGUGCCUCACCAACCGGGGUUGAGCAGGCAUGCGUCGCUGCAGAUCCAGCCGGUAUCACCAGUGGUCCAGCCUGUGGGGGUGCAGAGGCAGACGUCGAUGACUUAUGGAGCGCCUGCAAUCUCGAGCCAUCCCUCUCAGAUUCGGGCUCAGCCGAAUGCUCCUCAAGAGGUACCAUCAGCCCCUCCACCCGUCAACCUUUCCACCCACCCCGCGUCGCCUAUAGCUCCCACCCAGCCCCUCGUCCAGGCGCAGGAUAUCCCUUCAGCGCCUUCCGCGCCGCCGCAGUUCUCUCCAGAGCAAACAGCGAGUGCGCCGCCGGGUUCGGUCGGGUCGGAGAGGACGCUCGAAGUACCGUCGCCCAAGCUAGAAGGGAGCGCGCCGGCAUGGGAAGGGCAGGGAGCUGAAGAGCAGGCGACGCCUGUUCCUCAGCAGCAUCAGCAAUCGCUCUACUCUCAACCCCCAUCCCAGGCUCAUCCCCAGGGGCAAUAUCAGCCUCCCCAAUCACAAUCACAGCAACAACAACAACAACAACAACAACAACAACAACAGCACCUUCCUCCAGGCGUCUACAACGCCGCUUUCUUCCCCCAACCCCUCCCGCCUACCAUCUUCCCCGAUGCACCUGUCGAGGCACCUGCCCAGCAGGGCGAAGUGAAUGGGCUGGAAAAGCAGGAGAAGGAGGAGGCGUUGUUGAUUGAGCUUUGA